AUUAAAAUUCGGGGUUCAAUUCAAAUUUCCCGCUCAUAAGACGUGCUGCAACAUGUCACACUAAAAGGGUUGACUUAGCCCUAAUUUUCCUAACUUGUAAGAACAAUCAAAGUGGAAGAUUAAAGUCUUUGAGCGUUUUAUUUGACAAUUCAAACGCUGGAUUUUUACCUAUAAUUACCUAAAUUAAUAGCCGCCUAAGCGUAGUUAAUUGAUUGAUUAAUAGUAUAAACUUGUAGGAUUUCCAAAAUAAGAUUGAGUUUUUGAUAGCUUUGCAAAUUGAAACUCUUUGGCCGGAUUAACCACUUCAGCUUUUCCUUUUGUGAUUCGGAAAUUUCUUCGAGGGGAUCGUGAUAUAAUGGGGACACCUACGCGCAGAAUAAACACCAGAAGAGGAAAUGAAAUCAUGAGACUUCUUGUGACAACCAUUGCCGGAGUUGUGCUGGGUAUUUUCUUAGGCAUAUCGUUUCCUACACUUUCAUUGACCAAGCUGAACUUACCUUCUAAUCUUUUUGGAUUAAUUGAUCUCACUUACAUUGAGGAGAAGUAUUCAGGCCUCUCAACCCAAGAUCUAUUAAAUGUCUUGUCUUCCAUGAGGAGCCACAAAGGCCAUUCGCACAGGCAUUCUGACACAGAGAUUUGGGUUCCAUCAAACCCUCGAGGUGCUGAGAGGCUACCACCAGAUUUCGUUGCAUCUGAGUCUGAUCUUUAUCCUCGAAGGUUGUGGGGCCUACCCCGUGAGGACUUGAUUACCAAACCUAGGUAUCUUGUUUGCUUUACCGUUGGCUACGAGCAGAAAAAUAACAUCGAUGCAGCAGUGAAAAAGUUUUCAGAGAAUUUUACCUUUAUGUUGUUUCACUAUGAUGGUCGAACAAGUGAAUGGGAUGACCUUGAGUGGUCAAAGCGGGCUAUCCAUGUUAGUACACGAAAGCAAACUAAAUGGUGGUAUGCAAAACGCUUUCUGCAUCCAGACAUUGUAGCACCCUAUGACUAUAUAUUCAUCUGGGAUGAAGACUUGGGUCUUGAGAAUUUUGAUGCAGAGGAAUAUAUCAAAUUGGUGAGGCAACAUGGGUUGGAUAUUUCACAGCCUGGUGUAGAAUCAAACAGUGAAUUGUCAUGGAGGAUGACAAAAAGACGAAAUGACACUGAAGUGCACAAGGAAACAGAGGAAAGACCUGGCUGGUGCACUGAUCCGCACUUGCCACCCUGUGCAGCAUUUGUUGAGAUCAUGGCACCUGUUUUCUCUAGAGAGGCAUGGCGGUGUGUUUGGUAUAUGAUCCAGAAUGACUUGGUCCAUGGAUGGGGUCUCGAUUUAGCUCUUAGGAAAUGUGUGGAACCAGCCCAUGAAAAGAUAGGAGUUGUAGAUUCUCAGUGGAUUGUGCAUCAAACUGUCCCUUCACUCGGGAGUCAGGGACAAGCAGAGAAAGGCAAAGCACCAUGGGAAGGGGUAAGAGAAAGGUGCAACAAAGAGUGGACACUGUUCAAGGAGCGUAUGGCUGCUGCAGAGAAAGAUUAUUACAAGGCAAAGGGAAUUGAUCCCCUUAAUUCUACAUCUCAUUAGUCCGUUGACUUCUUGCAGCAAAUACUAUGUUAUCCACAAGGACGGCAUUCAUCCCAACUUCAUCUAAUUCCAUGCAGAAAUUUUACUAAUGGAGAUGCUAUGUGGCUUCCUUAAAAAGUGCAAGCUUCAGGGGACACUCUCAUACUACAACAGAAUAGUUAUAAACAGUGACCACAAUUAUUCUAAGUAAUCAAAAUCCAAGGAAUAUUAUUAUACUAAAUUAGUAAUCAUGAUAGUAAACGAGUCAAUUAUAUC